UCAAGUUAUUCACGACUGGAAGUUAGUUCAAAUCAGUCACGAAUUCCGGGUCGCUCGUGUCGGGAAGUGAACAAAACGGUACACAGUGUACCCUUGUGCACAGGGUAUCUUUCCCUUUUUGGUGGCAUUGGUUAUAUCAAUACGUUAGACCAUUGCGAAUAGAAUGUGAAUGUUCGAUUAAGCUGGUCGACAAAAAGCGGUUUUGGCCGACCAACGUAAACCGUGCGAUAAAAGAUGAAAAUGAUGAUGAGUUUCAUGUUUAACUAGAGUGGCAAGUGUAAUAUUUCUUCUUCCCUUUCAUUAAUAUCGCAUCCUUCCAACUGAUAUCAGCGUACGCGUAUUUUUUAUUGCUCGUGAAGUUAUCUUAAAAAGAAUUGUGCCACUCAUCAAUCAAAUAUACAUUUGAUAGUUUAAGUUUACAAAAAAAAAAUCACUAAAACUUGUGCAAAAAAAAAUCCACCCAGGGGGCGGUGAAAUUGAUUUUCAUCUUACGCUGCAGUAAAGACGUGCCAGAGAAGCCAAGACAUACCCACGAGAGAACAACAGAGAAUUGCGAUUGAAAUCGCUUUAGAGAAAACGAGAGAAAGAGAGUUUAUUUGCGUGUCUAGUUUACAAAAAAAAGGAAACUGCUAUUGCUCAGGAUCCGGGAGUACACAGGAAAAAGGAUAUGUUGUAAAGGGGUUUCCUUCUUGCUUUAUCAGCUUGACCGCUUUGUGUUGCUUAUCGAGCAGAGUGCGUGUGUGUGUGCAAUGCAGUACAAUGGAAUGUAAUUUUUAAACAUUAACUCUCCGACGUGUUGCGUGUUUCCGUACAAUUCCGACACUAUAAAUAGUGUCCGGAAAACGUGUGAAAGCUCAUGUAUGCCAUAGCACGGCGAGGAUAAAAGUAAACAAUUUUUGGUGUAUUUUUGUGAAGGAUUAUUUCUGGUACCGAAAUCCUCGAACAGAGAGUGAUGUAAAAGUUAAUGUAAAAAGACCAGCGAGUGUUAGCCCAGCCAUACCUCCGGAUGUUUAUUCUUGAAGCCCUUGCAUUUGGUAAUAUCUAGCCGAAGAAAAAGCGGUAAUUAAACGCGUAAUCUAAACCGGACCGGAAACAGUACGAGCCCGGCCGCGCAUUCUCCAAUUGUGCUGAGUUGCAGCUUGCAUAUUUGAAGCGUGAACGAACAGUAACUCACCCCAACCGCCCACAAAGAAUGUGUUGCGUAUGCACAUAAGUGGUGCGACGAAAAAGGGGUGGAACCAAAAAAACAAUAAACAGCAACAAAGGCCGAAGCCGAAAUAAAAAAAAAACAACGCACCCUUUAACGUGUGUGUGUGUGCUCGCACGGUUUCUCGCGAGAAUCAGUUUUGGCGUCUCGUGUGUGGGUAUUCUUUAGUGCGCCGAAUCGGCCGAAGUGCAGCCAUUGAUGCCGGAGAAGCAGCAACGCAAAUAAAGCAGCAACCAGCAUUGAACGUUGCGUUUUGCGUGACAGUCUUCGGUUGUGCGAGCGUUCAGCCGCUCAUCAAACAGUACCGUCGAAUCGAUUUUGGUUUCUCUCCCUUACUGUAAGGGGUGUUGUAUGAAAACAAGCCUUCUAGCUGACCGUUUUACCGGUGGAUUGUUACGUGAGAGCGAAAGUAUAUGUAUUUGUGUGGUUGGUGAAGCAAGUUAAGCGAAGAACACGUUCCACACGCCAACCACCCAAACUGACCAGAGUCAGUUCGACACUUGCUGCAGCGGAAUCGAAAUCUACCACGAGAUUGCUGUCCGAAUCGUUGUAAGCGCGCUACAUUGAAGCGUAUAACUGCGUAGUUUUAUAGCAGCCGACAAACAGACACAUCCCUAAUAAGCCGCGGGUCUGUCAGCGAAUAAUCGACACAGAAGGGCAUCGCAUCUUCCGGAAAAGGGUGUUGUGUGCGCGCGCGCCUGACUUUAUUAAAGCCAAUUGUGACACUACGUUACAUACUUGGUGAGAAAUAAGCAACAAGUAGGCGAACGUCUUCGAGUGGACUGGUCGCCGAUAGAACCAGUAUCUGUCGGCGACUGAGCUGGGAGUGCGAAAAGCGCCAUUGUCACAGUACUAUACUGUUGGAUUUUUACAAUUCUUGGUUCCGAUAAAGCGGAGAGUGCAGCUAUUCCUGUGAGAUAUUGUCGGAUAUAGAAUCAAGAGUUCCUGCCAGAGCAAGUAAUCACCACUGGGAACUGAAACUCUCAUAAAAGCUCCUCAGAUUUCUUGUGCACUUCAGAAUCGCAAAGGAAUAGAUUAAUCUCCUUUGUGCCAAAGAGGACACAGCAGCGUAAACUACAUCACCUGAAAAGCGUUCCUUGUGUGUUAACCGACCACCGAACCACCUCGGAACAUCGCUCACACUAGGUUCUCAGCCGGUAUACUGCGUGUGCGAUCGUAAGCGGGUAGUGCAUUAAAUCUGGGGCAACGCAGGCGGUUCCCAUGCUGAACUACCGCCUCGUGUCAACGCACUUCCUGAAGCAGCCAUAGAUUUCGCGGCCAACCACCGCACCAGCACGGCGGGGACCCCCAACAAGGUCGUAAAAAUGUGCAGAGAUCGGGAUAUGCCACUUCGAUGAACUAGAGCACCAACAGUGUUAGUACUCUAUUGUGUCGCCCGUCUGGCCAGCUCAAUUACUUGCAACAAGCAGUGACGCGAGUGAUAGGAAAAUAGUGCAUAAGGGCUACGACGGAGAAAGAGCGAGAGAGAGAGAGAGUGAGAGAAAGAGCGAGAGUGUGUGCGUGUGAGUGAGUGUGAGAAGGGAGCGUAAGUGGGAGUGAAACGAAGCGCUACUAUAGCAUUGCAUUAGUACUACGUUCAGCUUCAUACUACUACUACUUCUUUUACUAUUGCUACACGACUGCGCCACAUUGCUACUGCUGCUCCACAAUCGGCUGUGUGUGAUCGGCGCUUACCGGCGUACGCUAGUGUACGUGUGUGGUAGUGAAGCGGCUAGCGAUCCUUCGAAACCGGUCCCUUGGUUCUAGUAGUUAGAUGCCAUCGGAGGAAUUCACAUCCUUCACGUAUUUCUCUGCGCAUCUCGACGUGAUAAGCGUGUGCCCAUCGGUUCUCUCAAGCAACGUUGAGUGAUCCUUUUGUGUUCGACGCAUCAUCAGCGAAGAUAUCUGUCCCAUAAAAAGCAAGAUACAUCAGCUUCCUGGAUCACACAACGGCUUAUCGUGUUUUAAAAGCUCGCGCGUGUUCUUGCAUCUAGUUUAAUUUGUUCGCAAGUGAUCCUUACUUCGUUGUUGUCCGCGCAACCGGAACGUACCACCGGAAGCCUAACAAAACAUCGCCGCCAAGCAGCAGUAGCAGCAGCGACUACCAACCGCUGUCGCUUUGGCCGCCGUUAAGCCGCGAAGAUUCCACCCAAAAUUGAAGCAUUUGCCAAAAACUGCUGGGAAACUGUAACCGCUUGCGUGUGCGGCAUGCGUCGCCCAUCACUGGGACAGAAUGAAGACGACCUUAGUCGUCUGACAACGAUUAUCUCCCCGACCAGUAUCAGCCUUUCAUCGAACGGUCAGUCUGACCCGGUGGUUGUAGUGGAUCACCACGAUGUCGUUAGCUGUGGUCGAGCGAAAGCGAACAGCAGCAGCAGCAGCAGUAGCAGCAGUAGUAGCAGCAGCAGCAGCAGCACUAGCAUCAGCAAUGGGGCCAGUAACACGACCAGCAACAGCAGCAGCAACUGUCCAGCAAGUAACAACAGUGUCGGCGGUGCUGGCAGUGUUGACGGUAGCAGUGCAAGUCGUAAAGGAAGCAAGAACAGCAGUAGCAGCAACAGUAUCAACAGCACCAGCAGCAGUUGCAACAGUGAUGGAGUGAAAGUGAUCGGUAGCAAUAAAAGCAUCAGCAGCGAUGAAGUCGGAGUUGGUGGUGGCGAUCGUGGAGAUGGUGGAGAUGAACCUCCGUGCACUCUGCUCCCGCCGCCACCAACCGUGUUGGUUAACCAGUAUCUACCGAAUCUGAUCAACUCGUCCGAGUGGCAAAAUUGCCGCAAGCGUAAGGAGCGGCAGGACAGUACAUCCUCCAUCAGCCAGGACCGGAAGCUAAUCCGCUCGAACAGUGAGGAACAUCUGCCCAACUGUCAGGAAGUGAUCCGACGUGUAUCGUCACACGAAGACUUCAAAAAGCGUACACCGGGCGUAGUGUCGGUGGAGAUCUCGAUCGACAAGGAGAACAUUAUCGCGGAGGAGACGAUCGAGGGUGUGGAUGAUGAACAUGGCCAGCAACAGCAGCAGGUGUUUGAGAAGAAUCUAAAGAACAGUGCAGAUGAUUUGAAGAAAUUUUUCAUCGGAAGUGUCGAAAGUGUUGGUAACGGUGGUGUUGGUGGGAAGGAUUAUCAUCAUCAUUCCAACCACCAUCAUCAUCAUCAUCACCACCAUCAUGGUAAUCAUCUGUACCACCAUUUGGGUGGACAUCAUCAUCUGCAUCAUGGUGGAAACAAAUCACAGUCGUCCCAUCAUCGGCUCUCUCCGUGUCGGGAUAUACUGAAGUCCCGUCGAGACUCGGACAGUGAGCAGGAUGGUGAACACGAACGCCGUCGGCACUGUGAACGUUUCUCGAAGACGCGUCCACCACCCGGCCGGAAGUCUGUAUCGCCUCGUGCCCGUAACAGCUCGAAGCACACCAAGCUCGCAAUGAAGGUAGCCACCGUCGGUGGUUCGAUGCUGCUAGCGGGAAAUGAACAUUUCUACUCCAAGCACGACACACAUCCGAGUGGUGGUGGUAAAUCUGAACGACGCAUUCGAUCGUCCAGCAAGCAUCGUGAGCAACAGCAACAACAGCAGCAGCAGAUUACAAUGCAGGACGACACUAUGAUGGGUGAUGGUGCGAUGCCCAUGUCAGAUUACAACGAUAACAACGUGCUCGAGAAGAACCAAGCAGUGGAGGAAGCGUCCAAAUUGAUUGACGAGGAGGAAGAACCGGAGGUAUUGCAGCAGGAGGAAGUAGAAGAGCCACUUUCUCCACGCGAAAAGCUCCCUUGGGGGCAGACCUACCCGGACGAUACACCGGCCCUGGUCUGUCAGCGCUUUGCCGAUGAUAAAUUCGAUCACGCUAAACGCAUGGAUUCGGUCUCGCAUGCCAAGCUGCGUCCGGUCGCCUCCGGUAGCUCGCUGAAGCUGUACGGUGCGCAUCAUCGCAGUGCGGAAAAUGCACCAUCGUCAACGAUGCACCAUCAUCAUCAUCAAAAGUCGGGCACGACACCUGCCGCUAACAAUAUGUUUGACGAGCGCGUAAAGGCGAUCAAUCGGAAGCUCGGUGCGCUGAAGAAAAAGCUCACACAGUUCGAGGAUCGGUUCGAGCUGGAGCAUGGUUGCCGCCCAUCACACGGUGACAAGUCGGCCGAUCCACCCACCAAGAGUGUUCUGGUGGAGAUACACAAGCUGCGCAAGGAGAAAAAUCAGAUCAAGGCAGAUCUGGCAGUAUUUUCCGCGAAAGUAUCAGUAUCGGCGGGCCAGAAGCUGACCGGUGGAAACGUCGAGGAUGAUAUGGUUGAGGAGAAACGAUUGGCCAAGAUGAAAGAUACGAUUGCGGACAUUGAAAAGCGCCUCACGGAGAAACGCGACACGGAUCACCGUAGCGAAAAUCUGGAAAUUCUGUCGAACGAGCAGCUCACGGAGGAGAAAGCCUCCGUACAGCGUGCUCUACUGUAUCUGGAAUCGAUGUACGGUCGACCGGCGAGCCGCGAGGAACGUGACGCGGCCCGGCCCCUGUACGACCGCUACCGGCUUAUCAAACGGCUGGUAAACCGUGCCAACUCGAUCAGUGGCCCGUGCGGUGUGGCCAAUUCGCAGAUGCCAACCAUUCUCGAGCAUGAAGCGCUCGCGAUCGUCGGUACGACGACACCGUCCACCGAUAUUUCCCCUCCGUCGGCCACCUCCAUGAUUCAAUCACCUGCGGACACAACUACCACCAGCAGCAGCACCCUCCCAGCGACGGACGAGUCCGAAGGGACGGCCACGACGACGACAAACACCACCACAACCAGCAGUUCCGCGACGGAAAACAUUCACUCGAUGACACCGGAUGAACUGUGGCAGCAUUACGAUGCGACACGCGAGGAGAAGAAGGAGCUGCGCCGCACGAUCAAGGACUUUGAGCAACAGUUCGAGGAAACGACCGGGCGCAAGAUGCUGAAGUCGGAUCGCAAAUCGAUCGAAGAUACGUACGCUCUCUACAAGCAGAAGAAGGCCAAACUGCGACUGAUCGAUGCGCUCUUCAAGAAGCAAAUGCAUGCCUAACUGGCGGUGACGCACGUACUGGAAGCCCUUUAAAAGCAUUAGAGGGAUUGAACAGAUGUUGUAUUAUUGUUUCGUAAGUUAAUGUGAACGGACAAAGACAUGGUAGUAACGAAGGAUUCUUUUUUAAUUCGCUUAGUGCUUUGUGCACACACUCUAGCUGUCGCAAUAGGACCGCUCCUAAAUCACUCUUUACGUUCUGAGUCCUAGAAUGGUAGGAUGGUGCUAUCUUUUUGAUACGGUGCUGGAAGAUCCUUAUGGAUGGAAAGAUAAAAAGAUGGCUAAAAGAAGGAAUAGGAGAGCGCGUUCUAAACUGAUAACUUAAUCAAAUAACGAAUCUUUGCAUUAUUAUGAAUAGUGGCUAGCGAUAUGAUACGCUUGUGCGCGCAGUUUAUUUUUAUUUACUCUGCUUUCUUUUAAUUAAAUUGUUAAAUUGUUAUGCUUUAUUGUUUUACUUUUUUAUUGUUUGCCUUCCACAUCUACACUCUUUUACCUAUCGCUGAGCAGAAAAAGAAUGAAUGAGAAAUUGUGUAUCAAAGAUGGCAUUGAAAAUGCGCUGCGAGAAAGAUACUUUCUAAAUAUACAGCCGAUCGUGAGUGCGCGUUGGUUUUAAAGAAUAUUGUUUCGUUUUUGUGUUUAAAAUAUGAGUGUUUUGUUUACAUUUCUGUUUCAUUUAUUGCGUUUCACGUGGUGUCUAUUAACUGUUACUGAAAUAUUAGAAAGACUAUUGCAUUGUGUUAAGUAUUUUUACACCCGUAGGAGAUUAGACGGUAAGGUUGAAAGAGAAAUACACAGUUAGUAGUAAAUACACUGAUCGAGAGUGAGCGUAUGUGCGUGAGUGUAGUGGACGAUUGCGAAUAUGUAAGUGCGAAAGGUUUAAGGCAGAAGAAGAAAUAACUCCGAAACAGACUGGUACUCGUUUUGAGUGGCCAAACGGAGAAAGAAAAUGGUCAGCAGCAUUGAAACAAAUACAAAUAGAGCAAAAAUGGAAACUAAAACUGUUAGUAUGUAAACACACACUGAAGCAGUACAAAAACACUGCAACCCUUACACAAUAAAAAGGGAAUUACACGGAACAUGAAUGAAAAGAGGGUGACAGAGAAAUACACAGAAGAUAAACAAAAGAAGCGGAAGAGUAAAACAAAUACAACAAACAUACAAAAGAAUAAUACAAAUACAUUUUAUAGCUCAAUAAGAAACAUUUGAGAACUAGCAAAAGGGAGAAAGAAAAUGAAGCAAAACAGCAAAAAAAACGAACGCCGAAAACACAAAAAGUGCGACGAUAAGCACGUAAACAUAUAAUGAAAAAAAAACAUUGAUUACUUCGUGAUGCAACAAAAAAAACGGAAACAAAGAAGAAACAAAACCUAUAUACACAUAUUUACAAAAUUAAGAUUGCGAAAGGCGUGGUACCGAAUGACGUGGUGAAUGACGAUAAUGUUGUUCCAACAUUUUGGUUGUUUCUUUGGAAUAUCGUAAACAGUAGCUAUGAAGAAGGAGUUAAUGAAAGCAGCAAACGUUUAGCUAGUGAGAGGACACGGAAAACCCAUGUUUCAAAUGGAUCGUUUAAUUCCCUUUUCAUCUUAUACCCGGUCACGGUUUGAUUUGAUCGCUUGAUCGCGACAGUGUAGUGUGUGAUUAGAAGCAGCAGAAGGAAAACAAAAAACAAUAGCCUACUUACUUCGAGCCCAUAGUGUAUGGAUACUAAGAACAAUAGUUAAAAUAAGUCUAUUAUUCGCUUGACAGAGAAAGAACUUAAGAAUAGUGAAUCCUUUUUUUGUACCGACAAAACACACACACAAGGGCAAAAAAGCCCUAUCUAUUAUCUUCCGGCAUACGAAACCUAAGUCUCCUCCAGUUGUCCCUUAAAGGACACAUCACCGCAACAUACUAAACACACACGUACGUAGCGAGUGGGUAAUAAGUUCAGGAGAGGAUAAAAACUUAAGUAAAUACGAAGGAACGCUUUAAAGGAUCCACGAUUCACACAUUAUAUACAUAUAUAUAUAUAUACACUCACAUAUAUAUAUAUAAAUUGAAGGUACACAUUGAUGCAAUUACGUUUGCAAAAGCAACAAGACAUUUAGUGUCCGCAUGGCAUGGUUUUUGUAGCUCUUUAAAAGGCAUUCAGCAUAGUACACAUAUAAUUACAAUUAUUAUUACUAUGAUUAUGAAGGAUACGAUCACUACCAGUUAGUUUUCGACGGAACAUGUGGACGAAUUGAUGAUUUGAUAGCUAAGCGAAACGGCCUCGGAUACCAGGACGAAUCGUUCUAUUGAUGUUCUCUAAGAACGAUUUAUUGAAGUAACCAACUGAGAAAAAGGGGCUUUGUAGAAAGAAGUGGAUGUGCGGAUGUGAAAUAGGUAUGAACGAUAAUACAAAUAGUAUGUAAAGCAUUAACAUUAUUACGGAUGUAUGGACAAGUAUGGACGUUAAACUGGAAAAACGGUUCUACAAGAAUAAACCCGAUGGUGUGACAUAAUAUUGAAAGGUUAAAA